GCACGCGCCGGGCCCUGGCGGCGGCUGAGGCGGCGGCGGGUCCCCCUCCGCCGUCCGCCCGCAGCCUCACGGAAGCGCGGCAGUGCGCGUGCGCCUGUGUCCGCUCUCCAAAUUAAAAAAGGGACGGCUAGUGGUUGCCCGGGAGGGGUGGCGGGGGCCGUGCCCGGAAAUAACCUCCGUUCUCUGUCACCGGGAACUGGCGAGGUAGCCUCUGCGCCGGAGAGACUUGGAAUGGCCAAAUAUCAAGGUGAAGUUCAAAGUUUGAAAUUGGAUGAUGAUUCAGUCAUAGAAGGAGUAAGUGACCAAGUACUUGUGGCAGUUGUGGUCAGUUUCGCUUUGAUUGCUACCCUGGUAUAUGCACUUUUCAGAAAUGCACAUCAGAACAUUCACCCAGAAAACCAAGAGCUAGUAAGGGUACUUCGGGAGCAACUGCAAACAGAGCAGGAUGCCCCUGCUGCUGCUCGGCAGCAGUUCUACACUGACAUGUACUGUCCAAUCUGUUUACAUCAAGCCUCCUUCCCUGUUGAAACAAACUGUGGACAUCUUUUUUGUGGUACCUGCAUUAUUGCAUACUGGCGGUAUGGUUCAUGGCUUGGGGCAAUCAGUUGUCCAAUCUGUAGACAAACGGUAACUUUACUGCUAACAGUAUUUGGUGAAAAUGACCAAUCUCAGGAUGUUGUAUCAUUGCGUCAAGAUAUUAAUGAUUAUAACCGGAGAUUCUCAGGGCAGCCCAGAUCUAUUAUGGAAAGAAUUAUGGAUCUACCUACUUUACUGAGGCAUGCAUUCAGGGAAAUGUUUUCAGUCGGGGGCCUUUUCUGGAUGUUCCGCAUCAGGAUAAUACUUUGUUUAAUGGGAGCUUUUUUCUAUCUCAUAUCACCUCUAGAUUUUGUACCUGAAGCCUUGUUUGGAAUUCUAGGCUUUCUAGAUGAUUUCUUUGUCAUCUUUUUGUUGCUCAUCUACAUCUCUAUUAUGUAUCGAGAAGUAAUAACACAAAGACUAAACAGGUGAAAAAGUGUGAGUUUACUAAAAUGUUUCAGCCUAUGUGUGAAAUCAGAAGAGCCCAUGGCAGUAUAGCAUUUGAAUAUUAUUGUACAAGCUUAAAACAACUGUGUGACAAACAUUUGAUUUCAUUUGGCAAAUGCCUAACAAGAUAGGACUGGAAUUUUUACAUUACAGGUUCUAAUAUUAAGAUUAGAAUUAUAAUAACUUACAACUAUAUAUUGAUUCUGUGUUGUCUCUAAGUCUCUGGAAGAAAUAUGGAAUUAUAUAAAAAGGGAUAAUUUUGUACCUUUUUAUUUUUCCAAAAAUUACUCAGAUUAAUUGGAAAAAUAGUAAGAUACUGUUUUACAGUUUAUCCAAUUUAUCCUUUUCAGUGUGUAUCUAUAUGAUAUAUCGCUACGAGAUGCAUCUAAUUAUUUUUGUUACAAUAAAAUGUACAAUAUUGGGGGAAAGUCAGUGUGUCUUUUAGUACUAGCUAAGUUUUAUGCAUUUGGAGCAGUUGUGCUUUUCCAUUCUGAUAUAAUUCUUUGCUAUCAGCUACAGUUAAAGAAGAAACUUGAAAUUUAUAAUAUGAUUUUUUUUAAUUUAUUUAUUCAUGAGAGACACAGAGAUAGAGAGAGAUGCAGAGACACAGGCAGAGGGAGAAGCAGGCUCCAUGCAGGGAGCCCAACGUGGGACUCCAUCCCGGGUCCCCAGGAUCAGGCCCUGGACUGAAGUCGGCGCUAAAUCGCUGAGCCACCCGGGCUGCCCCUAUAAUUUGAUUUUAUGUUUUGGUUUAUAAGACACUUGUUAAUCAAAAGAAGAAUUAACACGAUACAAGACAUUUAUCUGUAGUCAGCACACAUGAUUUUUUUCAGUUGUGACAUUUAAACAAGAAUUUGGUUGGUUUUUUUUUUUUUUUUUUAAGAUUUUAUUUAUUUAUUCGUGAGAGACAGGGGCGGGGGGCAGAGACAGAAGCAGGCUCCAUGCAGGGAGCCCAACUUGGGACCCGAUCCCAGGUCUCCAGGAUCACACCCUGGGCUUUAAGUGGUGCUAAACCACUGGGCCACUGGGGCUGCCCAAGAAUUUGGUUCUUUUAUAGAAAUCAUCUAUCAAAGUAACUUGUAAAGGGAAAUUUUUUUUCAGGAACCUCUGUGAUACUGCAAACACAUAGUAGUUUGAUGCGUUUCUGAGGAAAGUAGCUUUUCAUGGCAAUGAGCAUCAAAGACCUUGGGAUGGGUAUAGGGACACUAUUUAAAUUUAACAAGAGAUAUUACUGGUGAGCUAUACCAACAGAAUGGGCAAUUUUGGUUUUCUUAUCAGAAAACUUUUGUAAUACUGUCCCUAGAUGGCAGCAUAUAGCCCAGAUUCCUCAGGUCUAACACAAUGAGCAAGUGUUGUCUGAGGCAAUUCAAUAAAAAAGUUAUCUUGCUUUUUUGAUGGCUACAGCAUAAGUACCUAAUGCUCUCAUCUGCAGUUUUCUGUUUUAGAAGAAUCAAAACCACAAGGUUAUGAAAUCCUGACUCCCUCAGCUGGCACUGCUCAUCUGUGAACUGGACAGCAAGGUAAUCAAUCAAUGCCAAGGGGUCAGUGCUGGCUCUGUCACCUUGCAGUCACUGAUGGUCAUACUGUCCAUUCAUAUGUUAGUGAGCCUAUUUAUGUAUUGAGGGAGAAAAACCCCCAAAUCUAUCACAUUCUCUCAAGUUCAUCUGAUUAAUCAUUAAUUAAUGAGAUGCUGAAUGAAAUACCAGUAACAGUAUUUUCUAAUUUGGGUGUACCUUUGUAUUGCUUGUCAUAGAGAAAACAAUAAUGCAUAAAUGUAAUACAUUAUAAUUAAAGCAUUUCUUGCAUACUUGACAUUUUAUCCUUAGGACAGUCAUGUGAAGAAGGCAGAGUAUUGCCUUCCUUUUCAUAGAUGAAAUCCUUGUGUUACAGAUUAAAUUUUGGUUUGAAGCCAUGCACAAAUAACUGCAUAAACAGGUAUUAGACUUUUAGUAAACUUCUUAGUAUGGGUUCAAAUAGAUGUGAAGGUUACUAUGAAGAGAUGAAAAGCAGGAGAGAAACUGGGAACCUUGGGAAGCCUUUCAGAACACACUGGAGUAACAUUAACUUAGGUGAUUUAAGAGGAAGGGUCUAGAAAGAUGAUAUAUCAAGACUUCAUGAAUCCUAAUUCUACAGUUCCAAAUCAAAUGUCCAGAGUGGUGGCAUGUUUCAGCUGCAAUUACCUGUUGAAAAGCUAACAAGUUGGGACUUGGGUAUGCCACCAUUUACCAGACUAGAAACAGAUUUGUCACCAAUUACAAAUUUGAUGUGGGCUAUAGCAAUGUCAUUUUUUUGAAAGGAUUUAAUUUUCUUUGCAUGUAUUCUGCUUCAAAUGUCGCAUUUCUAGUUAUAAGUUUAUUGUAAUAUUUGUAAUUCCUUCUAAGACUUUCCUAUAGAGGUGUAUUGUACCAACUUCUGUAACAUACGAAGACACUAUAUAAUGUGAGUCUUAUUAAAUUGAAAAGGGAACACGUGGA